CACACUCAUACAUAACAUCGAGCGAAGAAAAGAUGGCUUGCGAUUGUACUGGCAACAUUCAGACUUGCACUGCGUGCGGACCGAGUGGUAAAGGCUGUGUAUGUAAAAAGAACGAGUGUACGUGCGAGGGGUGUGUUAAUAAGACGCAUGCUACUCAGUGUUCGUGUGGAGGUAAAGGCGUGAACUGCUCAUGUGCAGAUAAGCCUGGUGGAUGUACCUGUGCCAGCACGUGAAACAUCGGGCAGCAUUAAAAAAAUGUACAGUGAUUCCUUUCGAAAUAGCCUGUACGGUGCGAUGGGUUAUAUGGAUAUGUACUGGAUAAUGGGUCUUUGUUUGUGUUUAUUAUAACAGUUCCGAGAGGGUUGCUGAAUUAUGUUGGUCGAUUUGUAUCUGUUUACAUUUGAAAAUUCCAAAAAAUGGAUUUGGC